GAAUGCAAGCUUAUGGGUAGUUGAGGACCGGCGAGCAAAUUAACACCUCAACCAAAUGCUUUUGGACGGACUUUCCAUGAGGUUGGAAAUCUUCUUUCCCCAUCUCCACAGCGCCUUCUUCCUCUCUUCCUAGGUAAUUUAGUUGACUUUUUUAUUGUUAUUUGCUUAUAUAAUAAUCACCCAACCACCACACGUCCACAACCCACUCCUCUCACCUCUCUCGCUCUCGCUCUAGCCCCUUGCCAGCAGCCAUGUCUCUCCUCUCCGAUCUCGUGAACCUCAACCUCACAGACACCACAAAGAAGAUCAUAGCUGAGUACAUAUGGAUUGGCGGAUCUGGCAUGGAUUUGAGAAGCAAAGCCAGAACGCUGCCGGGGCCGGAAGACGACCCAAAGAAGCUUCCGAAGUGGAACUACGAUGGAUCGAGCACCGACCAAGCUCCCGGCGACGACAGCGAGGUUAUUUUAUAUCCCCAGGCCGUAUACAAGGACCCGUUUAGAAGAGGAAACAAUAUUCUGGUGAUGUGCGAUGCGUACACGCCGGCGGGAGAGCCCAUACCCACCAACAAAAGGUUCAAUGCUGCCAAAAUCUUUAGCCAUCCCGAAGUUGCCGCCGAGGAGACUUGGUAUGGUAUUGAGCAAGAAUACACUCUUCUUCAAAAGGAUGUCCAUUGGCCUCUUGGAUGGCCAAUUGGUGGUUUUCCUGGUCCACAGGGACCUUACUAUUGUGGAGUAGGGGCUGAAAAGGGAUUUGGUCGGGACAUAGUGAAUGCUCACUACAAGGCCUGCCUUUAUGCUGGAAUUAACAUCAGUGGAAUCAAUGGUGAAGUUAUGCCUGGACAGUGGGAAUUCCAAGUUGGUCCUGCUGUUGGGAUUUCUGCUGGUGAUCAAUUGUGGGUUGCUCGAUACAUUCUUGAGAGGAUUACAGAAAUUGCUGGGGUGGUUCUUUCAUUUGACCCCAAACCAAUUCAGGGUGAUUGGAAUGGUGCUGGUGCCCACACUAACUACAGCACCAAGUCCAUGAGGAAUGAUGGUGGCAUUGAUGUGAUCAAGAAAGCAAUAGAAAAAUUAAGUUUGCGCCACAAGGAGCAUAUUGCUGCUUAUGGAGAGGGUAAUGAGAGAAGAUUGACAGGUCGCCAUGAAACAGCUGACAUUAAUACCUUUUCAUGGGGUGUUGCAAACAGGGGUGCCUCAAUUCGUGUUGGUCGUGAUACUGAACAAGCUGGGAAAGGCUAUUUCGAAGACAGAAGGCCAGCAUCAAACAUGGACCCAUACGUUGUCACUUCCAUGAUUGCUGAAAGCACCAUUUUAUGGAAGCCUUAAGAGAAUGAAAUUUGUAAGAAGAUGCAGGGAGGGAAGAGAGGGAAACCUAUUCUUGAUUUCCAUAAAGUGUUGUUGCAUUUUUGUUUAUCAAUCCUUCUAUAUUUCUAGUUCUAGUUUGCUUAUUUGCUUUCUUGUGGUUUGAUGCCAUUUAAAAUUCAAACUUUUAUGGAUGGAUGUAGUUUGUUGUGUACUGUGCGUCAAAUAUUGGUUAAUUAAUAAAUAAAUAAAUUUGAAAUGUUAGAAUAA